CCGGUCUACAAAUGAAUCCUUCCCCGGACGCUCCCCGGAUGCCCUCUAAACUAGGACAAAUCCGGGGAAACCCGGACGGAUGGCAACCCUACAUUGAUAGAACUACGUCGGUACACCAAGAUAAGAAGUACGUAUAAAAUAAUUCCUUAGCUUGUUUGUUAGACUCAAUCAAAAUUUUACGAUGUAUUUUAUUUAUCAAAUUCAAUUUCGCUGGCGAUUUAUUAUUUUAAGUCCGGUUUGUCGUUGUUAUGGCUGAUAGAUGGUUCAAUUUUGGUGUUUGCAAACCCAAGUCACUGUUUUAGUGACCUUAUUGUUUUUACUGUCAAUUUUAUUACACAGUCCUCUGAAUCAUCAAAGAUUGCCAAGGAUUUUAACUCCAAUCCUAAGACAAUCGUCCAAAGUCGGUAAUAACACGCUUUUAACUCGUCAAAUAUACGUUUCUGGAUUUGAAAGACCGCAUCCUGAACUGUGUCCAUUUUUAGGAGCAAAACUACGGUUAUUGAUCCUCAUAGCAUCGCAACCAUCAAAUUGGAAAGCAAGAGAUGAAAUUCGUUUAACGUGGAAACAUUAUGCAUCCCGCUCCGACAUUUCUUCUGGGUUUAUCAUUGGUUCCCCAUCCGAUGAUCUUAUUGGUCAAAUCGACGAGGAAGAUAAGUUAUAUAAUGAUAUAAUUAUUGGCAGAUUUAAAGAUUCUCAGUUGAAUCUUACGCUAAAAACUUUAUCUAUGCUGGAGUGGGUAGACGCGUACUGUCCUAACGUUCCGAAGAUACUCAAAACUGAUGAUAACGUGUAUGUAAAUGUACCGAUAUUAAUUGAUUUUAUUGAGACGCCAUCACGGAAAAACGCGAUGAAAACGAUCUGGGGAAAGGUUCAGAAGAAUGAUGUGGUUAAUUGGGCUUGGCAUAUGAAGGACUUUGAUGUAGCUGAACAUUUCGUUGGGAAAGUAUUACCUGAUUUCGCUAUGGGACCAGCAUAUUUGAUGACAACCGAUGUAGUGGGAGAUAUGUUAGAUGCAGCAUUAGACAAACCUUAUUUGAGACUAGAAGAUGUUUUUGUUACUGGUGUUCUGGGCAGUGAAGUGGGGAUGAGAAGGGAGCAUUCCACCGAAUUCGAGAACAUUCAUAUGGAAACAAUGACGCCUUGUGUGGCGAAAGAUAAUAUAGCGCUCAGCACGCAGUUUUAUACACAGUUUGAAUUUUGGCGGAAAUUAGAGGGCGGUUUGUUAGAUUGUUUCGACACCGACUCGGGAAUUUAUUAAUAGCUAAAAUAUAGAUAAAACUCUUUAUUGCACCAUAAGAGUAAAACAAACAAAACAACAUAAAACAGAUAGAGAUGGUACAAAGGCGGACUUAUCGCUAAUGCAAUCUCUUCCAGUCAACCUUUGGGUGGAAGGAAACCAAACACCAACAACAAAACAAAAAUUAAUCUUCUUUAAACGGUAACGGUUCGCUAUCUUCUUGGCAGAAGAGUAAUGGUGUUAUUUUAAG